UCUGUCUUGGGACCCGGCAAAUCUCGUGGACAUGCUGUACGAGGUGCCGAGCCCCUGUCGCCACACGUCGCCGGGGCAACAGGGCUUCAUCAACAUCGAGGGCUGGCUAGAAAAGCUGCCGUCCGGCAGGAAGAAGGCUACCUUCUGGAACGCCUGGAAGCGGCGCUACUUUAAGGCCAAGGAUGGCUUCCUCUACUAUUACCAGAACAAUACUACGGACCAGCCGAGCCUGGUGCUGCAGCUGAUGGGAGGUCACGUAGAGGUCAUGGACUGCUCCAUUAUCGGAGUCGACAGCCGGGUACGCUCUGGAUGA